AUGGCUUAUACAAACCUCAGUGUUGGAAACUUCACAUUAACUGACAGCCUCUUGUUUACAAAUUAUAACUUGUUAUCUCAGCAGGCUAACUACGCCUUUUGCCAGGUAUGAAAGUAAAUUGUUAGGUUACUAAAUGGAGCACUAAAAUUUAUUUGCAUUAAGAAAAUCGAAAGCGGGAUGAUGUUCCUUUUUAGCAGAACCAAUAAACAACUAAUCCUAGUUGUUCUGAAUAUUCUGCAUUGUGCAUUAAUUCAUGGAGUAGUCUGAGAGACAAGUCGAAACUUGCUUGUUAAAGUCAUUUGUUCAUUUUAUUUAUAAUUCUCAUGUUUUGCCAUUUAUCUUAAAUAAAAAAGUUGUUUUUAACAAGCUAUAUCUUUCUUUGACAGAAUAUCAACUUUACAGACGAAUUCUAUGCUCCUCCUGUGGUGAUAGUGACGGCAAAACGCAUCAACAACGAUUCGCGUUUGUCUGGGUGUAACGCAAUCACCGCUUGGGUCGAGGUAAAAUUGUUUUACAAACUUGCAGAUGGCAAAAGAUUAAUUUAGCGUUGAAUCUUAAUAAAUAUGAUCAAUCCAUGCCGUGAAUAAAUAAAAGAAAUCCCAGAUUGACAAGAAAGACAGAAAGUGUAAGAAAAUCUUUUCACAAAGUUUAACGCCACGCUAGUAUUAUAUUCUUGGUGGUUUUCACGUGACGUCAUCAAAAUUCAUACAAAUUCAUCAGUUAUAGAGCAGCAUAACCCGUAUUUUUACAAAUUGUCUGUUCGAAAGGGCUCUUCGUUUUGUCAGUGAUAAAGUACGCUAUUAAUUUUUAACCUUUUGCGUGACGCGGCAUUUCAAGGAUCUGAAAGGGCCUAGAAAACUGUGAUUUGGGUUAGAAAAUUGUCACUUUUUUUCAGAUUGUGCCAUCGCAAAAACAGACAUUUUUGUUGGUUUCUGACCACUAUAUUGGUUCCCCUCUGAGGAACAACAACAUCAAGUUCUGUAAAUUUGGGGAAAAAAAUUUAUAAGUAUUUCCGCAUAACAGGAAAUAUCACAAAGGCCUGAGUCCUUGCAAAGGUUUUUUGAAUAUAUUUAUUUAUCUUCUUUCAUUUCCCAGAUUCUGGACUUUCUUUAUCACACAGAAUCGAUUUCCAUUUUUGAUGGAGUGACAGUAAUAACCGGUUCAAAGGAAUUGGAGAAUGAAUAAAAUGUUCAAACCGAAUCAACUUUUUUUUAGCAGAUACGAGUCCUCUUACUGAUUCCUAAACAUUUAAACAACUUUUUAUAUCUGUGGUUAACAGUUCAGUUUUCGUCAAAGUUUCUCGUCACCUUUACGUUUUGAUCGUUUGUUUAGUAAAAUUUUCAACACUGCUUUGGAGUAAUAAUGUUAUUAGCAAUCUCGAUUUUCUACCCUUAGUACACGUCCACCGCAAAAACAGAGAUUUGUGUUCGAGUCUAUGAAACCAACAGCAAGGAUACCAUAAAAGUCGAUUAUCUGAUUACUGGAGGUAGGUAUAUCACCCAGUAAUGUAAUAAUCGACCACUAAUGUAUUACUAACCACUAAUAAGGUAAUAAAAAAAAAACCACUAAUAUGAUAACAUUCUAACCUUUAAUGUAAUAAAAAAAACUUAACCACUAAUGUGAUAACUUUGCGACCAUUCAUGAAACAAAUUCAAAGAGAACAGCUAAUUGAUUUUUUUGAGAUUAUUAGGAUUUAGAAGAUCAUAUGGUGCACGGCAAAAAAAUAAUCAGACGACCUCCUGCUUUGAUGUCAAGUAAUGCCGUUUCAACGCAAUAGGUCAUUUAGGACUUGUUCCAUACACUUGUUCCCUUUUACUUGAAGAAUUUAAAAUCUACUUCUUUGGAAUUAUUUCUUAGCUAAUUUAGGUUCUAGUGUAAAGACUAAUAUUGUCACUUUGUUUCGUUAACACUAACAGAUCCUUUAGAUAGAAGAUCGGUGUUUAAUUUAUAAGCGUCAGUUCAACAUGAAAAUUACCGAUAACAAGAAUGAUAGCAUCGAUCAUUCACCUCACUGUUUUUCUCUUUCUCUCCCUCGCCAUGUUCGGUAAAACUUCGUUGAAAUUAAAGUAAAAGCAAAAAAACAGCAACAACAACAAAACAACAAUCAAAUAAAUAAUAAAUAAAAUAAAUAAAUAAAUAACGAUUUGCAGGAAGCACAUCCACAUAGUGGUUCUUCGUCUACCUGAUUCCUGGUUGAAUUGGAAUUUGGAAGUGCUAGUUUUUGUGGAGAGGGGAAUACCGGAGCACCCGGAGAAAAACCUCUCGGAGCAAGGGGAGAGAACCAACAACAAACUCAACCCACACAUGGUGUCGACGCCGGGAUUUGAACCCGGGCCACAUUGGUGGGAGGCGAGUUCUUUCACCACUGCGCCACCCUUGCUCCCCUAAAUCAAGCCCUACUCUAGAUUAAUACUCUUAUAGACCAAAUCCAAAUCUCGGUAUAAGCACUUAAUUCCGUUAGAUAUAUUAUGCACACAAAAUUAAUGAUAAUCAUGCAUCUUUUGUUUUACACAGACCUGGAUCCUUGUAUAGAUGGCGUACACUGUGAUUAUCAUGGUCUAUGCAAAGCUUUUGGACCAUACGAUGCCCGCUGUGUGUGCAUAGACAGUUGCCCAUCUUAUCAAGAGCCUAUCUGUUCUUCUAACGGAACGACGUAUGACAACAAGUGUCUCUUUAAGCAGGAAAUGUGUUUGUUACAGCUGAACUUUACUGUGCAGCAUCCUGGGAGCUGUGAAGGUAUCAGUGAUCUCGUAAUUUAUGGUAUCAAUUGCCAUUUAAUUCAAUCACCCAAAUUAACAACCCCGAAAAAAAGAAACGUCAAAAAAUCUUCACUAACAACGUAUCGAUAUCACAUCUUCUGAAUCUCUACCACUGUACCAGUUAGAAGUCGUUUCAAAGGUAUAAACUGGUUAUUAAUGCGAAGCUGAUCUCUGAACAUAUUUCUAUAGCAAAAGCACAAACGAGGAAAUUUUACCGUGACACGAUUUAAUUAAAGCAAAAAAUGCGUCGUUUUAGUAACGUAAAAUGUGAAAUACUGAGGUCAUUUAGUAAGGUGAACAGUUUAUGACUUUUAAAAAAAUAUAUAAUCUUGUCUAAAGUGGAGCUCGAGACAAAUCGCCUCAUGAUAACUCGAACUCUCUCAUUCUUUUUUUUUUCUUUACAUUUGCGUUUUUGUACUACUUUGCAGGGUUCCCAUUUCAGCGUGACCGGCGUCACAUGCCUCAUAUACCUUCCUUGGGAUAUUCUCACUGUGAAGUAAUUGGUUUCCGACCAUUUGUGUUCUACCCUGAUAAACCCGUUCAAGUGCAGGUAACUGUCAAUCACAUCGAUACAAGGGACAUGAAUUACGUCCACGAUGCUGCUGUGUCGUGGAUUGAAGAUGUGACCUACGAACAAUUCACUGCGUGCGUGAUGGCGGCUGGUUUCAACGAGCGAAGGACCCGUGCUAAUGUGUCCAUAGACUGGAUAGCUUAUCAAGGAGCCCCAGAAGGUGGGGUCAGUGGAGAGGUGCGCAUGUCACAGUAG